AUGUUGAUGGCCCAAUGGAUUAAUGAAUUAAUGAUGGUGUCAUCUAAAACAAUAUCCAAAGCAAGAUUGCAUUCCAAAGUUAAUGGUCCAGGAUGUGCAGGAGUUGAAAAACCAAUAAUUACAAGAGUUCGAAUUACUGAAGAAGCUAAAAGACAAUUUGAAAUUUUUUUUGCUGACAAAAAUAUUGUCAAUUUAAGUUCUUAUAGAGUAAAUGAAAAAACUGGUGAUCCUGUAAAAUAUUUGAAAGAUCAAAAAGAAACAUUGUGGAGAAAAUACUUUGAACUACAUCCAUCUGGAAUGAAAAGGACAUCAUUUUUAAAACACUUGAAUGAUGGAGUUGGUUUAAAAUCAACUAUUUGGUCAAAUUUAACUAAAUAUGCAGGAGAAAUCUUUUGGAAUAUGAAUAAAAAAAAUCACUCUAAUAAUAAAGUAGCAGAAUUAAUAGGUCAAAUGGCAAACUUUAAAUGUUCAGAAGAAGACGAGAAUAUGGAAGAAAUUGCACCAAAAGAAAAUACAAUCACUACACUUCAUGGCAAAGAGACUAGUGAAGAUGUUUAUCAGUCAUUUAUGAAAUCAGUUUUGGAAGAGGGAUUAGCCACAGAAUCUUCAUUGGAGUUAUCAUUUGAUUUAAAACCUGAAGACAUUAAAAUAAAAGAUCUUAGCAAAAAAAGCAGAUGGGAUGUGGUGUGUUUGUCUACAAAAUCAGGAAAGAGCAGAUGGGAUCUGGUUACAAAAGUUCAUGACCCCCUUGAAGCAGCAAUAAGAGAAUAUGAAAGUUGUUUACCUGCUAUAAUAAGAAAAAAUAUUAUGUAUUGGUAA